GCUUUUUGCUCGUGGCUCAGCGGCCGGCGCAGGCACCGCACCGGGAUCGAUCCUUAUUGUAUUUUAUUCUGUUCUUUGCGCUCGCUCUCGGCGAUCGUCUCUCCGACACAACACUCAUUUUUUCAAACGAGCCCGUUACAUCUCCGUUUUUAAGCUAUGCCAAUAUGAUAACUCUACACCAUAGCCCUCCGGCGAAGUUUUUUGAUGUUUUGUUUUGUUCUGUGAACGUGUGUUUGAAUAAAUAGUUUUAUUUACAUAAUUUAUUGAAUAAUAAGUUACGGAAACCGGCAAACAUUAUGCAUAUCAAUUAUUUUGUGAUUUUUAUUUUUCUUUUCAAUUUUAUUUAUCUUGCAAAUGGAGCUGCGCCCGAUUUAAAGGCCACCUCACAAAACAAUGGGACGUGCUACAUCCGCGUGUCGACCUGCGAAGCCAAUGUGGCCAGCAACAAGAGGCCGGUCUGCGGGACUGACGGCAGGACGUACGCCUCGCGGUGUGCGCUGCUGAAGGUGCAGUGCGCAGGCGAACCCGUGACGAUCGCGCACAAAGGGGCUUGUGUUGAAGGCCCAUCCUCGUGUGUCUUCGCGUUGCGUUACGCGUUGAACGCGCCAGCCGACCGGCGGGCACCCUUCGUGCCCAGGUGCCGGGCUGACGGAACCUACGCGGCUGUGCAGUGCGCCCCUGCCGGCGCUGCAGCCGGCUGCUGGUGCGUCUCCCCUGAUGGGAAACCCCUUCCGUACACCGUCGUCAGGAAUGGACGGCCGGACUGCACUAGAACUGGUAAAUCCCACACAAGACGGCGUUCCUCGGUACGAGGUCAACGGAAUAAAAGAAGUUGUACCAGAACUGAUCGCGCCUUGUUCAACGGGAACCUGAUAAAGAUCUUCAGCGGGGAGUACGAGCGGGCGAGGCCUGGCACCACCGGAUCCGAACCGAGGGAAGUCGCCGACUGGAAGUUCCGAGAGCUAGACCGGGACAAGAGUGAUGCCCUGCAGAAGUCCGAGUAUAGAGGCCUGAGGCGUCUCAUCAAAAAGGUAGUGAAGCCGAAGCGCUGCGCCCGCGCUUGGGCGCGCGGCUGCGACGGCGACGGCGACGGGGAGAUCGCGCACGAGGAGUGGGUCGCUUGCUUGUUGGCUACCCCCGAGCCGCCUGCACCGGACUUCUCUCUCCGUUUCUUCAUGUCGUUGAACGCAGACGAGGACAGCGGUCCCGAAGCGGAGCCCGACUAUAACGAGGAAGAACCGCCGCCAGACCCCAGCGCAGUGUUGCCAGGCAUCAUGAGGAACUCUUUCGCCCCGGACGGACCUGACGCGGAGGCGAGGCGCGAAGACGAAGUCAACGACUGCAUCACCGACCGCCAGGCUGUUUUGGAUGAACAGAAAGCGGGCGGAGCGGUUCUCUACGUGCCGGAAUGUACUGGUGACGGCCGGUACGCCCGUGCCCAGUGCUACCGGUCCACUGGCUACUGCUGGUGCGUCCACCAGGACACUGGGAAGCCGAUCCCGGGGUCUUCGGUGAAGGACCGCAGGCCGGACUGCGAUGCCACACCGCAACACGUCAGCCCCAUGAGAGGAUGUCCUGAAAAGACGAAGUUUCUACGCGACCUGCGGAGUUUUUUCACUACCAAGAUGACAGCUUCUACCAACGGAACAGGCCCAGGGGAAAUGGUGAAAUGGGGUGCCUCAAUCGAAGAGCAGGCUGCAACAUGGACCUUCGUGAUGCUAGACAAGGACAAAAACAAGGCUCUGGAGAGGCGGGAGUGGAAAGCCUUCCACCAGCUCAUAUCCAACGUGGACCAGUUGAGGCGCUGCGGCCGCAAGCUGCCACGAUACUGCGACGUGAACCACGACACCAAGAUCAGCAUCACAGAGUGGAUGGCUUGUUUGGAGGUCACGCAGGCUGCACAGGGGCACACGACUGAAGCGACGAAGCCGCCAACCAAUCCAAGAAGGAAAGGCCCCAACCCGCUAGAAUCAAUCCUAAAGGCUGACGAUUAACCAGUGCAUCUAGACAGUAUAACACUCGUAAUAGAUAUUGAUUCGAUUGAUGAAAAUCGAAUGUUACAUUGUCUACAGGCACAGUUCUCUACCAAAAUGACUUGAACAAAAACUUAAUAUACGUGCCAGUGUUAGUGUUUACGAAUGGUAGUGAAUGUGUAUAUUAAAAGAUUGUGUGACACUUAAUGAUUUAUCAUCAACAUACUGAUGUUUUAUUGAGUAUCUAUAAGAUUCUCGCAUUUCUCGGAGAAGUAUUGGCUUAGUAUUUGCUAAUCGACCAUCCGGGCUUACUAGU